AGCAGCAGCCACAGAUCAGAAUCAAACAGAAGAGGAAAAACCCAAAAGAAGAUCCUCCGAAACCCAUCGAUCGCAAAUGGCCUCCAGAAUUUCUCUCAAGGCGGGGAAAGGCAAGAUCGUGAAAAAAUCUCCGGCCGCGGACGAGGAGGAGGGUGCGGCGGCCGUGGCGGCGAAGUUCGUGAAGGAGUGGGGCACCUGGGCCAUGAAGAAAGCCAAAGUCGUCACCCAUUACGGUUUUAUUCCUCUGAUAAUUGUCAUCGGCAUGAACUCGGAACCAAAACCGUCCCUUUCUCAGCUUCUUAGUCCCGUCUAA